AUGGUUCUUCUAGGAUGGCUCAACACUGGUAGCAUGAAUGUUGGACGAUAUGGUCAUACAGUAUCCGUCUUAAUAAAUGGAAACGUAUUAGUUACUGGUGGAUAUAAUGGCAUUUUUCUAAAUCAUUCUGAGUUGUAUGAUCCAUCAACAGAAACUUGGACAGUGACUGGUAAUAUGCAUAAUGAACGAUAUUUCCACACAGCAUCCGUAUUAAGAAAUGGACAAGUGUUAGUUACUGGUGGAGUUAAUAGUGCUUCUUUUCUAAACAGUGCUGAAUUGUACAAUUCAUCAACAGACACUUGGACAACCACUGGUAGUAUGAGUAAUCUACGACGAUCUCACACAGCAUCUUUACUACCCAAUGGAAAAGUCUUGGUUACAGGUGGAUGGAACGGUACUUCUAUUCUAAAUAGUGUUGAAUUGUAUGAUCCAUCAACAGGCAUUUGGACAACGACUAGUAGUAUUAAUACUGGACGAUAUUGGCAUACAGAAUCUGUAUUAACAAAUGGGAAAGUGUUAGUUACUGGUGGAUCAGAUAAUAGGGUCUCUUUAAAUAGUGCUGAAUUGUAUGAUUUAUCGACAGGCACUUGGACAACAACCGGUAGUAUGAAUAUUACACGAUUUCUACACACAGCAUCUUUAUUAACAAAUGGAAAAGUAUUAGUUACUGGUGGAUAUAAUGGCAUUUCUCUAAGUCAUUCUGAGUUGUAUGAUCCAUCAACAGGAACUUGGACAACCACUGGUAGUAUGAAUAAUGCACGAUAUGAACAUACGGCAUCCGUAUUAACAAAUGGAAAAGUAUUGGUUUCUGGUGGUUUUAAUGGUAGUUCUUAUUUAAAUAGUGCUGAGUUGUAUGAUCUAUCGACAGGAACUUGGGCAAUGACUGGUAGUAUGAACACUGCCCGAAAUAUGCAUACAGCAUCCGUAUUAACAAAUGGAAACGUGUUAGUUACCGGUGGGUCCUCGGGUGCUCCUCUAAAUAGCUCAGAAUUAUAUUAA